AUGGAUACAAUAUAUAAUAGAAAUUACAGAGGCAAACUGUCAUACAAUACCCCGUGCCAGACAAGCGUAAUCCGAUCAGGGUUAUCGCUGAAUCCCAACUAGGAGGCUAUUUGAGCGCUAUCCAGGAAAGCCUUAUCCCUAAACUUGCAGAAACCCCAAUUGCAUCUGUCCCGCGUCCUUCCAUUCGAUUCCAAGUGCUUCUAUUUGCAGUGAGCAUUUCUUAAAAUUGUAGAGGCAAUGGGUGUCCGAGCUAGGAAUGGUAAUGAUCGUCUGAGAACCAUAUGGACACCUGAAAUGGAUAGAUUCUUUAUUGGUCUUCUGUUAGAGCAGGUCAGCAAAGGGAAUAAGUUUGAUGAUCAUUUAUUCAGUAAACGGGCAUGGAAGCAUAUGACUUCAUUGUUUAAUGCCAAGUUCAGAUUUCAGUAUGAAAAGGAUGUUCUGAAAAAUCGGCACAAAACGUUGAGGAAUUUAUUCAAGGCUGUAAAGAAGCUCCUUGAUCAGAGGGGGUUCAGCUGGGAUGAAAAUCGGCAAAUGGUGACAGCUGAUAAUAGUGUUUGGGAUGAACAUAUCAAGAUACAUCCUGAUGCGCGUGCAUAUAGGAUAAAAACUAUCCCAUAUUAUAAAGAUUUGUGCUUGAUAUAUGGAGACACUAACAUUGAAGAAAAAGGUGACAAUGUGCCAGAGUCACUGCCAGAUUCAGCUGGUAAUGAAAUCAUCAACACCGAUCAAGUAAAGAGUGUUUCUGAGGGAGCUCCAGGGACUUUUCAUGAAAUUACAGUUGAUGAAAAUUACAGUAUCUCUGUAUCAAAUGUGGUUAUUGAUGAUUCUGCAUCAAAGGAGUCAUUAGAUGAUGUGCAUCAGGCUACAGGGUAUGGAACAGGAAGCACAGGAAGCAACCGUACUAGGACAUAUUGGCAACCGCCAAUGGAUCGCUAUUUCAUUGACCUUAUGCUGGAACAUAUGCGGAAAGGGAAUCAGAUUGAUGGUGUAUUCCGAAAACAAGCAUGGAUGGAUAUGAUUACAUCCUUUAAUGCUAAGUUUGGCUUUAACUAUGAUGUGGAUGUUCUGAAAAAUCGCUACAAAACUCUGAGAAGGCAGUAUAAUGUUAUAAAGAACCUUCUUGAAUUGGCUGGGUUUACUUGGGAUGAUACUCGCCAAAUGGUGACCGCUGAUGACUAUGUCUGGCAGGACUAUAUCAAGACACAUACAGAUGCACGGCAGUUCAUGACUCGACCUGUCCCAUACUACAAAGAUUUGUGUAUGAUAUGCAAUGAUCAAAACUUUGAUGAAAGUGACUGCUUCUCUGCUCAGUGCUUGGAGCUGCAAAAUGAUCUUCCAGAGGUCAAGUUUCCUGGUGACUCACAGGGUUCUCAAUCUCCAGUUGCAUCAGUAUCCAUGGAAGAAGUUCGUUAUAUGUUGGAGUCUGAACAUACAGGUUCAAAAACUGUUGUGUUUGAUCAGAAGAAGAAACGUCAAUCGGAAACCCAGUCAAAUUCUGCUCACUCUAAAAAGGCGAGAGGCAAAGACAAGGGCAUGGCUAGUGCCCUCCGUGAGAUGGCAACCGCAGUUUCUUCUUUAUCAGAUAAAAGGAAGGAUGAGAAUUCAAACUUUAUCUCGAUAGAGAAUGUAAUUAGAACUGUCCAAGCUUUGCCAGACAUGGACGAAGAGCUUAUACUAGAUGCAUGUGAUUUCUUAGAGGAUGAAACGAAAGCUAAAACAUUUAUGGCACUGGAUGUCAAACUACGAAAGAAAUGGUUGAUAAGGAAGCUUCGCCCAGAGUCAUAGGUCCAUGUGAAGAUAUUGUUCAUUCGUUGGCAGGUCAUAAUGCUUAUUUGAGGUUGUUUCUCCUAAACUGUAAAGUUUAGUUCCUUACCAUUAGCUUGAUAUGAAUUUUGUGGCUGCGUUUGUUCGAAAAGAGGACAGUUUUGGGGUAUAAAAGAGGCCUACAGCAACGAGUAUCCAUUUUGUUUUCGGCGGAAAAUUCAGACAUGGAUGGUGGAUGGAAUGGAGCAUUUUGGUUACUUGCCAUCACUUUUGGCAUCUUUCUUUCAGGGUUCAAAUUUCAAAUAAACUACGGGUAGGAAUUGCACAAAACGUCCACAGCGAUUUAGAAUGCCUCAUCGGUCCAAGAUUAGAUGACUGGGGAGCAGAACCAUUGAAGGAGAAUCUAACGUGCAGUCUUGAUUUGUCUCCCACACUUCUCUUGGGAUAACAGGUUCAUCAUACUCUUUAACUCUUGUAUGCCACACUCCUCUGUGCUAUGGCCUAUGGGCCAAACCAUCUCGUUUAGAUUUGGUAUGCCCAACUAAUUGGUAAUUACCAUGGUUUGUGAUCUUGAUAGAAACUCAUAACAACUCUCACUUCCCCACGUAACGAGAGCUUUAACAUAUCGAAA